GGUUUUGCCAAAAAUUCAUAAAAAGCAAAGUUUGUGAAUGAAGAAUUAGAUGCCAAUUAUGGCCAAUUAACUCCAAAUAAUCUCAUUCCCAUCAUUUUUCUCUAAUCGUUUAACAUCAUCCACCGCUCCUCAUUCUGGCAUGGAGGAGCGGUCACCACCUGCAGCCGGCGGCAAAGCCAGAAAUCUCCUUUCAUCAGCCACAUCGCUUCGCCUCUCUCUAACACCGGCUCGUUCAACAGAUCAUACCUACGUUGUUCAAAUCCCUCGUGAUCAAGUUUAUCGUGUCCCUCCUCCUGAAAAUGCCAAAAUUGUUGAAAAUCAUCGACAACCAGAAGCUCAAAAGAAAAGGAAAUUUACAUGUUGUUGUUGGAUAUUUUCAGCGUUACUACUUACAGGUAUCGCCAUUGGAAUUAUCGUGUUGAUUGUUAACGCAAUGUACACACCUAAAUCUCCUGAAUUUUCAAUUAUUAAUGUCCAUUUCAAAAACGUUACACAACCACAAAAGAAUAAGAGUCAUACACAAGCGGUAAUCCCUCAAUUUGAGAUCGAUUUGAAAGUCGUUAACAUUAAUGAGAGGAUGGAUACUUCAUUUGGUAAAGGUGAUAAUGGAAAAGCGACUCUUAAUUUCAACAAUCAUGAAAUUGCACAUGGCAAAUAUACCGCCAUUUCUCAAAAACCUAAAGAUUCAACAAAUUCUCAAUUUAAUCUUGAUGCUGGGAAAUUGCCUGCUGAUUUUCAGAAAAGUCUAAAUGAUGACAAGAAGGCAAUACCAAUGACUUUAACUAUUAAUGCACCAAUGGAGAUUACGAGUUGGGCAAAAACAUUGAAAAAAGAUGUGACUGUUACGUGUGAUUUCGACGUUCAAUCGGUGAAAGGUAAAUCCAUGAUCAAAUCAGAAGAUUGUAAGACUGAUUUUUAAUGCAAAGAAGAUGGAUCAAAUGGAUUGGAUGCAUUUAUUUGUCAUUAUAAUCUAUGUUGCGGUUAAUUUUAAAUAUAAAGCGUCACACGUUCGGGCUUGAUGAUCACCAUAUAUUGUUGUAAGUUGUAACCUCUUUUCUUCAAUGCUUUUCUUGUAUUCCUUAUUUUUAUUUUUUCUCUCAAUUGAUUACCAAAGUUCUUUUAAAUUUGUGUGUCAUGUGUUGUAUAAGCUAUAUAACUUGGUAUUUUUAGAUUGAAUGAAGUGUAAAGUAUUCUAUCGUCAUUUAAGACAUUGUCCUUUUUAGAUUAGAUGAAAUAUGAGGUCGUCUUCAUUUCUUUUUA